AUGGAAUACAAACUUUUUAAGAAUAAAAAAAUAUUAAAUGAAAAGGUAAAUGAGAUAACACAGAAAAAUAGACAAAGAAACACAUUCGAUCAUAUUAAUUGCAUAGAAAUUGAUGAUGACGACGAUGAUGAUAAUGAUAAUAAUGAGGAACCUAAAGAAAUGAAUAUAAAUAAAACUAACAAUAAUAAUAACGAUGUGUUAAUAAAAUCAUGCAAUGAUCUUAGAAGGAAUACAACAUUUUAUAGACAUAAUGUAAUAAAUGAAGAACAAAAAAAUUUUGAAUAUUUAUUAUCAAGAAAAAAAAAAAAUGUAGAUUCUAUAGAUAAUGUAAAUUUUUAUGAUUUUAUGAAAAAUGAUUUUUUUAAUAUAUUUAAUAAUAAUAUAAUAAGUGAACAUAAAAAAACAAACCAUAUUGUCAAUAAAAUAAAUAAUAAUGUGGAUACUUCAAAAAAUGUGGUUUAUAACAUUAAUUAUGAUGAACAUAAAGGAGAAGUAGUUAAUUUAUCGUUUGAUAAAAAAGGGAAAGAGACAUAUCCCCAAGUGGAUAUUGAAUUGUAUAACAAAAAAAUGAAUCCACGUUAUCAAAAUAUAAAUGAACAAAAUACAUGUCAAACGAGUGAUGAUAAUACGUAUCAUAAUGUAUAUUCUGAUAAUUGUGCCUUAAAUUCUAGUUAUACAAAUUUUUUAAGAAAUAAAUCCUUAAAAUAUAAAAAAUGUUAUAAACAAAAUAGACCAGAUGAAAGUAGGGGAGGGGAAUUUGACUACAACCUUGACGAAUCGGUGUAUUAUGAUGAUUGUAACAACAAACUAUAUAAAAGGUCUUUUUUAAAAAAUAAUAAAAAUAGAAUUGAAAAAGGAAGAGAAGAACAUAAACAAGAUAUAUAUAAUAAUAUAUCAGAUAUUUGUAAGAGUUAUAUUAAAAAUUUUGAUUAUCUGAAUAAAAGGAUUUUCCAUAACAAAUCUAAAAUAUGGAAAUUAUCCAAUAAAAAGGUAGCUAUACAUGCAGAUCCAAAGAAAAGAAUAGAACGAAACAAACAAGAAAUAGAAGAACAUCGAAGAGAACAAGAUGGUGAAAAUGAUCAAGAAGAAGAUAAUUAUGAUGAUUAUGAUGAUGAUAAUUAUCAUAUAUAUGAUAAUUAUGAUGACUAUCUUGAAAAUGAUGAUUAUGAUAAUCAUAAUUAUUUUUAUCACAAAAAUCAUGAUGUAAAUAAGAUAGGAAAAAUUCAAAAUAAAAAUUCUUCUACUGAUUUCAUAAAUUAUACAUCUAUUAAUAACAGAAAUGUGGAAUGUCCUAAUAAAAAUGCUGAUAAUUUAAAAAAUAUGGAUUCCUUUUUAUUAUAUAUGAAAGAAAGAAAAAUAAAAAAAAAAAAAAAUAUAAAUGAUAAUAUGGAAAAUCAGUUAAGUGAUACUUUAAAUUAUUCAAAUAAUUAUAACAAAGAUGUGUAUGAUUCAUAUUAUGAUGAUAUGAAUUUUUGUUAUGAUAAAGAUUAUAAUAUGAUAUUAAAAAAAGGUCUAAAUUCUAAUAGAACAAAAAGUUUGGAUACGUAUCCUAAUAAUAAUAUUUCACAUAAUUAUGUUAAUAAUAUAUCUUCUGAAAUUAUAAAAUAUUGCAAAGACAAUAAUAUUACAUUAAAGAGUGAUAUAAAAAAUAUAAUAAAUCAUUUUAAUAAAAAAUAUGCGAAUAGUAGUCUUGCCAAUAGUAAUAUUAGCAUGUACGAAAAUAUGUAUCCUCAAAGAAGUGUAGAUCAUAUAUACGAUAGUUCAACAAAUGAUCCAACAGAUGAUAUGAAUGGUAACAACAACAACAACAAUAAUAAUAAUAAUAAUAGUAGUAGUUGUUGUAAUAAUAAUAUAACUCAUAUCACAAAUGACUGGGAUAAUACCCAAACUAAUAAAAAUAAACAAUAUGUAAAUAGUAUUGUAAAUAUAUUUCAAAAAAGAAAAAAUGUAAACGAAAAAAAAGAAAACAUAAAUGAACAAAAUUGUAUUUCAUUCAAUUCAAAUUAUAAGGAAAAUACAAAUUUAAGAAAUAAUAAACUUAACAAUAAUGAUGAUUUAUGUACAAAUUCUUAUGUUAAUAACAUAAAUCGAAAUAAACAAAUUACUAAUAAUGAAAACAAAAAAGAUAAUAUGUUGAUGCUUAAUGGAACAUAUCAUGGGGAUUCAUUAAAUGAAUCAAUUAAUAUGGAACAUAAUUUAAAAAAUAAUAAUUCAAUGUCUGAUGGAAACUUUGGACUAAAUAAUAAUGAUAAGGACAAAAAACAAAAUAGUUAUGAUAUAUCAGAAGUUUCCAUAAAUUGCUAUUACGAUGAUGUGAUAAAAUGUUAUAUGGAUUAUACCAUGUAUGGUAUGGAAGAUGAAACAAAUUUUUAUUUAUGUGAAUUUUGUGAACAAAAUAUUUUUGAUAUGAAUAAUAUGAUAAAAAAAGAUAAAGCAAAAGAAUGUAUGUACAUGUGCAAUAUAUCUUGUGGUAGAACAUUUCAUAAAGCAUGUGUAUGUUACAUAAAAAACAAUGAUAAUUAUAUAUGUUUUUUUUGUUUAUACGAUAUUAAUUUUUGUACAUUAUGUAAAGAAGUUCUAACAAAUGAUUCUUUAUUACCAUGUUAUUAUCCAUUGUGUAGUGUGUCUAUGCACACAAAGUGUGUUGAGAAAUUAUUAUUGUUUAAUUCAGACUGUUUAAAACAAUAUGAAAGCAUAAUAUUACCACGAGAUAUAAAUAUGGAACAAGAGAAAAAAACACAGAAAUCGGCUUCGGAUGGUAUCAUCGACCAACCACUUAAUAUAAAAAAAAAAAUUAAAAGACGACAUAGUUAUAGAAAAAGGAGAAGAAGAGGUCCAAGAAAAAGUCAAAUAACAACAUCGAAUAAAAAAAUUAAUAAAAGUGAGUUAGCUGGUGGUAGUAUUAUAAAUGGUGUUCAUAUGGAACGGGAAAAUGAUCAAGAUGGUAAAAAGGGUAAUAAUAAUGAUGAUAAUAAUGAUGAUAAUAAUAAUAAUAAUGAUGAAAAAUUUAAAAAUCAUUUAUUAAAAGAGGAUCUGCUUCGAGACGAACCUCACCAUAAUAAUUACGAUAAAAUCUUAGAAUGUAAUACCGAAAUAAAAAUGGAAAAUAAUGUUAACAUAUUGGAAGGGCCUAUUUAUAACAAGUUAUUUAAUGGAAAAGAAGAAACCUUAAAUAAUGAAAAUGAUGAAAAAAUUAUAGUACUUAAAAAAUUUAUAUGCCCUUUACAUAUAUGUUACGUAUGUAAAGAAUUCGACAUAAAUAAUACGGAAAGAUCCCCAAAAGAAUUAAAAAAUGACUUAUUUAGAUGUAUAAAAUGUUAUAAAUCUGUUCAUCGUAAGUGUAUGAAUGAACUUAAAAAUAAUGUUAAUGAUAAUAAUAAUAAUAUUAAUAAUAAUAAUAAUAAUAAUAAUAAUAAUAUUUAUAUAAUAUCUCAUAAACAUAGAAUUAUGUGUUGUGCAAAUCACAUGGAUGAUUAUAAAAAAGAACACAUGGAAUAUUUAAAAUAUAUUAAGGAGGUUAAAGAUAUAUGUAAAUUAGAUGAACCUAUUCACAAUAAUAAUAAUAAUAAUAAUAAUGAUCUUUUGAGUGAUAAAGGUUUUUAUGGUGAUGAAAAUAAUAUAUCCAUAUCAAAAUUUCCUAAUAAUAGUUCUUAUGAACCCAUUAAGAACAACGAAAGUUGUAUAAAAGGAAAGGACUCCAAUUAUUUAAGUCAUGAUAAUAAAGGUAUAACCAAUAUGAACAACACAAACAAGAUGAAUGUGUUAAAUUUAAAAAGUUGUAUGGUUAAUGAUAUUAAUACAGCUGAACGAAAGAAAAAGAAAAGUUGUGAAAGCAGAGGAAGUAAUAUUAUUAAUAAGAAGGUCGUAUUUGAUUUAACGGAUGAAUUAAAUGAAAACGAGAAAUCAUCACCCCUUGAUAAUGUACAAAAUAAAAUAAUAUAUGGGGAUAAUGAAAUUGAGAAGAAUGUUAAUAUAUGUCAGAAGGAAGAUGGCAGUCUUAAUUUGGGUAGUAUGAAUAUAUUAAGUAUUGGUAAAAAUCAUAUGAGCACAAAUAAUAAUAAUAAUAAUAAUAAUAACAAUAAUAAUAAUGAUAGUAGUAGUAGUAGUAGUAGUAGUAGUAACAAUAAUAUAAUAACUGUUGAAGAUGAAUAUAUUUUAAAAAACAAAAAUUUGAAUAAAAGUAAUAAUUCUUUGUUAGAUCAUAAUAACAAAAUAAAAAAGAAUAGUACCCUUAAUAUAAAAGAAAAUCCUGAUAGCUGUAUAAUAAAUGUCAAUGAAUUUAUUAAUAAUAACCAAAAUGAAAAGGACAUAUCCUUAGAAAAUAUGGAUGCAUUAUGUAUAAAAAGAAAAAGAAACGUUUCACAUUCUUAUAAUGAUAUAUUAGAUGAUACAAAUAUAUUAAAAGAUGUUUCAAAUCAUAAAUCAUAUUAUGUUAAUAUUUCUAAAAAGAAACGAAAUGUAUCAUUUAAUUAUAAGGAAGAAUUUAUGAAAGGAGACGAAGAAUUUUUAUUAAAAGAUAGUAAUUUAGAAAGUAACGAAAAAAAUACAAAAAAUAAACUAUGUAAUAAUGAUAAUAAUAGUAAUAAAGGUAAAAAUACAAAAUAUAAUACUGUUGACAAAAAAAAUAAUAAGAAUAAACAAAUUAAUGAUACCAUUAAUAAGGAACCUGAAAAUAUAAAUCAUAAUAUACAGAUUCAGCAAUUGACCCAUAAUUUUCUAGAGGACAAUAUGAAAUCCAAGCAAGAGAUUUAUCAUAUUAAAUUGAAUAACAUUUUGAGAAUAGAAAAAGGAUUAUUGUCAUUAAAAGAAAUUAAUAUUGAUCAAAUGAAUGAUGAAUGUAAAAAGCAUAUCAGCAUAUUGUGUACCUUUAGACAGGAUUUUAUUAAUUAUGUAAUCUUUUUAUUUAGUAAGAGGUUACAUAAGGAAAAUCAAAUUGAACCAGUAAACGGAGUUGAUCAUAAAAAGGAGGGAAAUAUUUAUCAUGCAAAGCAAAAUGAACAAGAUAGCAUAAAUAAUGCAAAACAAAAUGAACAAGAUAGCAUAAAUAAUGCAAAACAAAAUGAACAAGAUAGAAUAAAUAAUGCAAAACAAAAUGAACAAGAUAGAAUAAAUAAUGUAAAACAAAAUGAACAAGAUAGAAUAAAUAAUGAUGAUCAUAGGAACCAAGAAGAAUUACAUGAAAGAUGGAAAAAAAAUAUGAUAUAUAAUUUUUUAGCAAAUUAUGAUAUGAAAGAAAAAAAAAAAUAUAUUAGUAAAAAGGAGGAAGAUGCUAUAAUAAAAAUAUUAUCCAAUGAUAUUGUAAAUAUAAUGCAAAAUGAGUUAAAAAUUUCAUUAUACGAUUUUAUUAUGUUAAAAAAGAAAACAAUGUCUACAAAUGAGAAUCAUAAGGAUAAUGAGAAUGUAGUUUUUGUUGAAGAUGGAAAACAUCAUUGUAAUGAUAUAAAUAAAAUGAAGGAUAAUGUAAAUAAUGAUAUUAUCCCAAAUACUAAAUAUAAUAAUAAUAAUAAUAAUAAUAAUAAUAAUAAUAAUAAUUAUGAUGAUGUUAUAAAUACAAAAGAAAAAGAAGCCAUUCCUGAUGCUUCUUAUAUGAACGUGACAAGAAAUCAAAGUAUUAUGAAUAAUGAUAUAUAUAAUAAUAAUAUACAAAUUAUUGAAAAGGAAAGAAUUAUGAACAAUAAUAAUAAAAAUUAUUAUGAUGAGGAAACCAAAAGAGAAGAAUAUAGUGGUUUAUUUUCUAAAGGGAAAAAAAAAAGUUUUAAAAAUAAUAAAAUGGAUUUAAAAACAUUUUUUUUAUUAACAAAUAAUGGUUAUAAAGUAGAUAUAUCUAUAUUAAAAAAAUAUAGUUCUUUUUUAAAAUUUGAAUAUAUAUCCAAAAAUAUAUAUUUGAGUGAUAAAAAUAAGAAUUUACUUGCAUGCAAAUCAGAUGAUUAUAAAUGUUUAUGUCAAGGGGAAUGUAAUUUGUAUACCUGUUAUAAUUCUUUGAGUAACAUUCAAUGUUCCAAAAGUAGAUGCAAUUUGCCAGAAAAAAUACAGGAUAGAAAAUGUUCCAAUCGACCAUUUAGAAAAUCGUUUGUGAAAGACUUAGAGAUUAAAAAAACGGAAAAAACUGGGUAUGGUGUGUUUUGCAAGAGGGACAUAAAAAAUGGAGAACUCAUAUGUGAAUACGUUGGAGAAGUAUUAGGAAAACGAGAAUUUGAAAAAAGGAUAGAAGUAUAUCAAGAAGAAAGUAAGAAAACAGAUAUGUAUAAUUGGUAUAUAAUACAAAUAAAUAAAGAUGUAUAUAUUGAUAGUGGGAAAAAGGGAAGUAUCUCAAGAUUUAUAAAUCAUUCAUGUUCACCUAAUAGUGUUUCACAAAAAUGGAUAGUUCGAGGAUUUUACAGAAUUGGAAUAUUUGCAUUGAGAGAUAUUCCAUCGGGCGAAGAAAUAACUUAUAAUUAUAGCUAUAAUUUCCUCUUUAAUAACUUUGAAUGCUUAUGCAAGUCACCCAAUUGUAUGAACUACCAUCUGUUGAAAAAAGGAGAAAGUUCAGGAGCUAGCAAUAUAAUAAAAGAAACCGAAUUAUUAAACAACACAAUAUUUAAUCCAGUAGAAAACUUUCAUAAUUUACAUGGGAAAAUGCAAGAUUGGAAUAUAUUCAUAGAAGAAGCACAUACAAGAUUAUUAUAUGAGUAUAAUAAAAUGAAUGCAUUUAAUUUAAGAUUAAUGGAGUGUUAUUCUACCUGGAUAUUUUAUGAUAUGAAUUUUCAGAAGAAUCAAUUUUUUUCCCUUAAAUCUAAGCCUUACAAUGUUUCAGCUGAGUUUUGGAAAGUUCUUGUUUCAGCUUUUUCAGAUGGAGAAAAAAACAUUAUAAAUACGUUUAAUUUGUUUUUACCUUCAUUAAUAAAAAUAGGCCAGCUCAGAAGAAUACAACAGUAUAGUUACAUCCUGCAUAACAUAAUUGGAUUGGAGCAUGACAUGUGGAAUUUGAUCGAUAAAGGAUUUGCAGAUGAUGAGGUUUGUAGAAAAUGUAAAAGCUGCGGAAACUUGACCAUGUGUGAUAAAUGCUUUCAAAGUUAUCAUCAAUUAUGUGGAAACAUGCAUUCAAAGAUGUACAAGAAUAAUGAAUUAGUUCUUUGCCGUUUUUGUCAAAAGUAUGAUUAUAAAAUACAAUGGAUAAAAGAAAAUCAUGGAUCAAAGAUGAAAACAUGUAUAGAAAUUAGGAGUAAGGCAUUUUAUAAAUUGAAUCGAGAUAUAAUGACUUUAUUAGAAGAGUCUGUAAAAUAUACGCAAAACCAAUCCUUAGAUUCGAUCCAUGCGCAUAACACAAAAGCAUUUAAGAGUAAAAAAUUAAAAUUGAGGAAAUUUCAGUACAAAUAUGUAAAAAUAUGA